AUGUCGACGCCAGCCCGAAAUCCCUUGCCCACGCUCUUUACUAUCCACGGCGGUGGAUUCUGCCUUGGCGCGCCGCGCGACGAUGACGAAUGGAACCGCGCCUUCGCAGACAGAUACGGUGUUCAGGUCGUUGCUCUCUCGUAUACGAAGGCGCCGAGUGGCCCAUUCCCAACUGCCCUCCACGAUCUUGAAGCUCUCUACCUCGCUGUCGUCGCCGAUGCCUCGAUUCCGACCGACAACCGCACAGCACUGCUGGGCUUCAGCGCUGGAGGCAACCUAGCCCUGACGCUGUCCCAGUUACCUACAAUACAAGAAUGCACGGCCCCCCCACGAGCUGUCACGAGCGUGUAUGGGUGUCUAGACCUAAGUCUACAUUCAGGGGUCAAGACCGGCAGCAGACAAUACAAACCUACUUUGUCGCCACCCAGGAACAGCCGCAAGGACGCGCUGCUCGACCUAGUGGCGGUCUUUGACUGGAGCUACAUCCCAUACGGCCAGGAGCUGCGCGACCCGUUGCUAUCGCCCGCGUAUGCGCCGCGAUCCGCCCUCCCGCCGUAUGUGUGUAUUGUGGCGGCCGAGCUGGACAUGCUGGCACAUGAGUCGUGGCGCAUGGCUUGCCGCCUUGCAAAUGAGGAGCAGGCUGCCCGAGGACUCUCGCCGGCGCGCAGGCUCCCAGAUGCGACGUCUACAGACAAGAACUUACGGCUUGUUGGGCGGGAACAGCCGGCGAAAAGCAAGGGCAAGCUGGAGACCAACAAUGAGCGGUUUGGCUGGGAGGAGAGGUGGGAUGGCAGCGGGAUCAAGUGGCUGCUCGUUCCGGAUGUGACCCACGGAUUCGAUAAUGUUCACAUUAGGGAGUUGAUGGGCGGGAAGGAGAGCAUUAGAGACGCUGAGGCCAAGACCGAUGCGUACUGCAGGGUGGUGGCAGAGUGGUUGUUGGACGUUGUGUGGAAAACCUAA